UGUGAGCACUUAGAUGGAAUAGCAGCAUUUUUCUUCUUUGGUGUCACAAGAGGAGACUGGAAACAAGGUGUUUUUAAAAGGGGGAUAAAUAAGACCCAGGUUUGGUUUGGCUUCUUCAAGCAGGAACAACACUGGAGAAAGCUCCUGAAAGCCUCCAACAGGCAGUGGUGACUGGACGCAUUUCCUGAGCGGCGCAGUCAUGGGCAAGCCGGAGGGGUUGGCCAGGCCACCUCUGGUGUCAGCUGUGGCACUUUCCCUCCUGGCUCUCUCGCUCCUCUCCACCGGGGUCUCCAGCCUCCCACAGCCUCUGCCCAGAGUCUUCCUUUCCUUCGAGGACCUGCAGGCCUCCCAGUCCUUUGAACACUACAGUAUAUCAGACAGGGCCAUGGACUACAGGAUCCUGCAGAUGGACGAGGACCAGGACAGGAUGUAUGUGGGCUGUAAGGACCAUGUCCUCUCCAUGGACAUCAAUAACAUCACCCAUGGCACACUUAAGGUGUUUUGGCCUGCGUCCAGCAGCAAGAUCGAGGAAUGCCAAAUGGCGGGCAAGGACCCUACGCACGGCUGUGGGAACUUCAUCCGUGUGGUGCAACCCUACAACAGAACUCAUCUGUUCAUGUGUGGUAGCGGAGCGUACAGUCCCGUCUGUGUUUACAUCAACAGGGGCCGGAGACCAGAGGAACAAGUAUUUCACAUUGACUCGAGGACCGAAUCUGGAAAAGGGAGGUGCUCCUUCAAUCCUCAAGUGAAUACAGUGUCCGUCAUGCUCAACCAGGAGCUGUUCUCAGGCAUGUACAUUGACUUCAUGGGGACAGAUGCUGCCAUCUUCAGGAGCCUGACCAAGCGAAAUGCAGUGCGGACGGACCAGCAUAAUUCUAAAUGGCUGAGUGAGCCGAUCUUCAUUGACGCCCACCUGAUACCCGAUGGGACAGACCCCAAUGACGCCAAAUUGUAUUUUUUCUUCCGCGAGAGGCUAACAGAUAAUAAUGGAAAUACUAAAAAUAUCCACACGAUGGUGGCCAGAGUGUGUCCAAAUGACAUCGGAGGCCAGCGGAGCCUGGUGAACAAAUGGACCACCUUCCUUAAAGCCAGGAUGGUUUGUUCAGUUCUGGAGGAGGAUGGCACGGAAACGCACUUCGAUGAACUUGAAAGCGUGUUUUUGCUGGAAACCGAUCAGCCCAAGAGUCUGUUGGUGUUUGGAGUCUUCACAUCCACAAGCUCCGUGUUUAAAGGUUCAGCAGUGUGUGUCUACAACAUGGCAGACAUCCUCACCGUCUUCAAUGGGCCCUUUGCUCACAGAGAGGGGCCCAACUUCCAGUGGGUGGCGUUCCAGGGGCGUAUCCCUUACCCAAGGCCCGGAACUUGCCCCGGUGGAGCCUUUACACCCGACAUUCAGACAACAAAGGAGUUCCCAGACGACGUGGUGACCUUCGUACGAAACCAUCCGGUCAUGUUCAACUCCAUCUACCCAGUGGGGAGGAAACCCCUGGUGGUUCGUACCAACGCUGACUACAAAUAUACAUCAGUGGCUGUGGACCAGGUUAUGGCUGCCGACGGCAAUUACCAAGUACUCUUCUUGGGCACAGACAAAGGUACAGUACAGAAGGUGAUUGUCCUGCCAAGCAAUCAUUCCCUGCAUGAAGAUCUAAUCCUGGAGGAGCUGGAAGUGUUUAAGAACCAGGCUCCUAUUACAAACUUGAGAAUAUCCUCAAAAAAACAACAGCUGUACGUCAGCUCGGAGUUCGGGGUCUCGCAGGUCUCCCUGCACCGUUGUCACGCUUACGGAUCGGCUUGCGCUGACUGCUGCCUCGCCAGAGAUCCCUACUGCGCCUGGGACGGACUAAGCUGCUCCCGCUUCUAUCCCACUGGCAAAAGGAGAAGCAGAAGGCAGGACAUUAUGCAUGGAAAUCCACUCACUCAAUGCAGAGGAUUCAAUCUAAAAGCCUACAGAAACGCAGUGGAGAUGACGCAGUAUGGCGUGAAAAACAACACCACCUUCCUGGAGUGUCUUCCCAAGUCUCCCCAGGCCUCUAUUCGCUGGCUUAUACAGAGGGACAACGACCGGAGGAAAGAGGUGAAGCUGAGUGACCGUGUCCUCUCCACGGAGCAAGGCCUCUUGAUCCGCUCCGUCCAGCUGUCUGACCAGGGUCUCUACUACUGCCUGACCACGGAAAAUGGCUUCAAACGCACCGUCGCCAAGAUCCGCCUGCGCGUGCUGAGCGAGGCCAUGGUGAGCGUGCUGUCGGACAAACAGCAGUCGCCGUGGGCGUGGGCCAGCUCUCUGCACCCUAAGGUCCUAUUGGCAGCCUUCAGUCCUGCGGAGAGCCUGGCUGUACAACAGUACUGCAAAGAGAGGAAGGAGCUCCAGAACCUCCAGCAGAAGCAGUCGCAGCAUCAGCCUCGGCCACCUGGGCCUCUCAGGGGGGACCUGGCCAAACUGAAGCCCCUGCUGGACCGGAGGAAGAGCCGCAACCGGCGCAAUCACCUCCCAGAGGUCUGACACAGGGAGCUGGCAGCUACAGAAACUGACAUGCGCACCUCCCUCUAAUCCUACCAGGCAGUGACAAAUCCUCAUCUUCCAACUCUCAUCUCAAACUGCAGAGCUGCACUGCGGAUGUACAGUAAGACGAGGAGGUGGGUGUGGGGAGUUCAGAUUCGGCAAAAUGUUUUUCUUGCAUGAGGUACGGUGACCCGGUGGCUGUGACAUACACUAAGACACACGCACAGGCGACCACGGGCCAUUCAUUUGUUGUCGCAGUCACUACACAAACCGAAGUGGCCGCGUUACGAGUGCCACCAAUAAACGGCAGUCUCUGACAGGUUGAUGUUGCUUAUGAUAAUACACCUUGAGAUGCAACUAGAGAGAAUGAUUUUAUCAUAUUUUAAAUAUCAGAGGGGAAAUUGGACCGGCCGGAUAUUAGCUCACAGUGGAUUUGUCCUUUGUUGAGAAAAAAGGGGGAGGCAGUUUGACAUAAUGAUAUUAAACAGAGGAUAUUGAAAAGGGAAAAAAGGGAGAUAGAUGCAUGUUUGACAGUGAGUGCUCUCUCUCUUUAUGCUAAGUGUUAUCGUAAUAUUUUACUAGAUCAUGCUCACAUUUGAAUUUUUUGCUUUUCAACCAAAAAAAAAAAAAAUUCUCUCCAUUCAGUGAAAACUACAGAGCUCUGUGGGCACAUGUGGGGCAAUAAAUUGUGAGUUUGUGAGAGAGAAAAAAAAAAUUCCUACAGGUUGACGGCCUCACAAUGGCGUCUACAAUAGCACAGUUCAUACAAAGCACAGACGGCAAGCAGUCUGAAUAAAGUGUUCUAUUACAGCGCUGUAAGUUAAAAAAUGUAUUAGUUCAAAGACCAAACUUUACAUCCAAUGCUGAUGUUAUAAGAUACUGAGUAGAAAUUUGAAAUACAGUGUGAGUUGCUGCACACACCUUAUAUGAUCUGUCCUAUAUUUAUUCCUACUACUCAGACAUACAUGUACGAGAAUGUGCCUCACUGUAAUUCAGCUGCAUAUUGUAUCUAUAUCAUACUUCUCUUUUUCCAGCACAGAAGCAUGUUUAUAGAAACCCAUUAGUAAUGUAGAGGUCUUUCAAAGGAAUGGUUUGACGUUUUGGGGAAUAGGCUUAGUUGUUUUUUAGUUAGAUGAGAAGAUCGAUAUCACUCUGUAGAGUAAAUACAAAGCUGGACCCAGCAGCCGGUUAUCUUAGUUUAGCUGGAAGACUGGAAACAGAGAUGGCCUGGUUCUGACUAAAUAUAAGGAAAUCCACCCUGCAAGCACCUCUAAAGCUCACAAAGGCCGAAGCGUAAAAAAAUCAGGUUUUGCUAUUCUUUGGCUGAGCACGGUGACCUCCUAUAAACUGUUAGCGUCAAUGCCGAGACUCCUCCGGCCAAGAAAAAUUGCCUGCCACAUAACCCCUCAUAAAUCCUGGUUUGCCAGGUUUUGUUACCUUCGGACAGAGCCAGGCUAGCUGUUUACCCCCAUUUUCAGUCCUUAUGCUAAGCUAAGAUAACUAGCUUCUGGCUGUAGUUUCAUAUUUACUGUACAGACAUGAGAGUGGUAUCGAUCUUUUCAUCUAACUCACGGAAAUAUAAGCAAAUAAGCACAUUUCACAAAUUAUUCAUCAAAUUAUUCCAUUAAUCCUUACCUGGAUUAGAUCUGAGCAACCAAACUGGCAGAUGUGCACAUUUUAGUUUGUGGCCUUCAGGUAAAUACUGUAUGUUAUUGUAGUACUUGGAAAUACGGUCUACAAUGACAGUUUCCUUCUCUGGAUCCACAUUUUCUAGAGUCGGCACAGCAAAGUGGACAUACUUUUAAUUCAGAAGUAGUAAUUGUCGGUGAUAGUGUGUGAGAUAGACCAUUUGACAUAUGUGAAUAGACUUAUUUUCAGAAGCAUAGUUAGUGUAGAUAGAGAUUAUUUGUUGCUUGUGUACAGAGUUUUUUUUGUUUCAUGCUUUUAAUUUAAUGUUGUGCCGAGUUUUGUGAAGAUCUGUAUUCAUUGUGUAUAUAAAUUCAACACAUUUCACCAACUAACUCUGACUGUAUCUGCAAAUUGAAGAGAUAAACAGUAUUAUUUUCAUUUUUAGAAAAGACUCUAGUUGUACCUUCCCUCUUACAGAUCUCUGCUCCAUGUUUAAUAAAACUGUGUGACCAGCAUCAUGUCACUUCAACUCAGUGUAAUUUCAGUGUUAUGAAACAUAUGUAUUUCUAUUUAUUAAUGUCAUGAUAGCCUGAAUAAAUC